CCCUCUCUCCCGUGUUCUGAGCGGAGCGGUGCACAAACAUGCAACAUCAAAGGUGCGUUAGUUGCCACGAGAAAAAUCUUGAAUGCGUCCCUCUUCCCGAAAUGCGACCCCAGAGACGCCGUCGCCGGCUACGCUCGCCCAUCGGACCUUCACUCGUACCAAUAUCUACUAUCGACUCUGAGGAUCAGAGCCCGUACACCGAGGAUCACAGCCCGCACACCGAGGAUCACAGCCCGCACACCGAGGACAAUAUCAAGCAGUCAAUCGUGGUUGUGACGGAUGCGCUGCGGCGAUUUCAACAAUCAUACCUUGAUCUGCAACAAACAGCAAAUCAAUAUCUCCAAACGAUCCACUCUCAAGAGCAGCAAUUACAUACUCUAAACCAGACAAAGAAUCAGCAAGACGAAGAAAUCCUUGUGCUAGGGCAGGAAUCAAGUCAGCGAGAGGAAAAAAUCCGUGUGCUAGAGCAGGAAUCAAGUCAGCGAGAGGAAAAAAUCCGUGUGCUAGAGCAGGAAAAAGAAGAACAGUCACGGCAACUGCGAUCAGUGCUGCAACAAAAUAGAGAAAUGAUGUCGCAACUACGGCGCGAAGCUGAUCUCAGUCUCCAGAAUUCCUUCCGGUUUUCAUUGCGAAUAGGCGCAUAUGAUGCUAAGACUGCAAGGGACCAAUUUCUGAGCUUCGUUGACAGCUAUGAGGGACAGAACCACGGUUCUCCUGCAGCCUACGCCACAAUCGCAGUAUGAGUCUGCUGGACCAUCGCCCCGCGGUCGAGGCUCCAAACACUGCCGGAGGAGCCACGCCCCGGGCGGGGUUAAGAUCCCCAACCUUCCUCGUGCUACUUUCCUACGUCAAGACCCUGCGAUUUGACUAUCACGCGCGCAAGCCAGACUUCCACGUGUGGUCCGUGCAAGACCGUGACAGGGGGAGAGGGGAUGUGAAUGUCUGGACAGUAGGACCUUUUUGGCGAUAUGAACUCGUCCUCAAACCCCAAGAGGUGGGGUCUCGCAAAUGAGAGGAGUUGGUGUUCAACGCUUCAUGCACCACCGUGUCAAAUAACCCUCUUUAUUGAUCGGGGCCCCGGGCAUGUCUAAAGAUUUUAACAAUACCCGCCACUUCGUCAUGAUCGCCCACCUUCCGACGCAGUUUCGGACUACUUUGCGAAGCUUGGAAACAGCCCCUGUGACAUGCGGAAGGCUACAUUUUUUUGGAGAUGAGAGAAAGUUGGCACGGCUGAGAAGUCUUUCCGUGCUGAAGUGCAACAAAGAUUACGAGGCGUCAAAAGGUUUAGGGGGAGGAUAUCGUCUCACGUCUGCAAGAGCGUUAACGGACGUGCGCAGCGCCACAUAGCACGCACUCACGGCUCCCUUCUUUACGUGUCACUAUUCUCCUAGUGGGGGCUGAAUAUGAUUCCGGGGACAUAACGCGUUCAGCAAAGAUCUCAAUGAAGCAGGUGGAUUGCGGUUUGUGAUAAGCGCUUAACUAAAGGAUGACGGUCAUGUUUUUGUGUAUAGGCAUUUUUUUUU